AUGCUGUUUAUUGCUCUAUUUGUCGCACUUUCAACUGCUGUUUUGAAAGAGAAGAUAGCCAACUAUGAAGUUGAACUUCCGUCCACUUUAUUAGGUCCCGAAACAGUAUUUAGAAUAUAUACUUAUUCAAAAAUAUCCACAAGACUUUACCCAUCUUUUGAUGGUGACAAUAAUUACUACGUUGGAUAUACUGACAAGAAUUUAGUCGGUACAGUAAUCAAGAUUAAAUCUCAUACCAAUGAAAUUCUUCGCACGGAUAAAUUCAGUGGACUUAAUGUCCGAGGUCUAGCUGCAGAAGCAGAUGGGACGUAUGGUGUCCUUCUAUGGGACAGAAAAACCGAAACCAUUUCCUUUAAAAAAGUGAAUAAAGACGGAACUGUAGCCUUUACAAAAGCACUUGAUUUGAGGAGUGGGUUUCCAUCUCGUGUUGAAAAUACAGGCAGCAACAAUGGCUAUAAAAUCGGUGACAGUCGUGUGAAUUAUGGGAAUGGGUUAUACCACGUGUACACGCACACUCACAGUGAUCCCGAUCAAAAUAAAGUUGAGCACGAAGGGGAUGUACUUUUUACCAUAUCAGAUGCGGGUGUAGUAUCAAAAAUAUGGAAUUGGGGAUGUUCACAUAUGUUGUCUGGUCUUCAAGGCUACAAUUCCCAAACACAGUCGAUGAUCCAUUUGUGUGACUCUGACGCUUACCCUGGAUUUGGAAUGUUUGCAGAGAAUGACAAAAACAAAAGAUUAUACUCCCAUAUUGCUAAUAUGGGGGGAUAUAGUGGCGGAGAGCUUGGUGGUGUUGCUGAGAAUGGGGAUGGGUGGUUACUCAUUAUGAAUUCUAUAACGCCUGAAGCGGGUACUGACGUCAAUGCGGGCGCACCUAAUGGAGUUCAGGACAUUGGAGUGGUGUCUAUUGGAAAGGACAAAAAGAGGAGUAAAGUGACUUUUAUUAAGCAAAGCGACACUGAUAAGACGAAUGGAUGCAUCGCAAAAUAUGGAGAGAAGUUCCUUGUGGGGUAUAUGGAUAAAUCAAAGGACUAUUACUUGGGAACGAUCGACGCGUCUGUGAAGAUGACAAAUCCAUUUGAAAAGGUGACGGAAGUGACGGGAUGGGGUGAUAGAGAUGAUUCAUUUAGAACUCUGAGUAGUGGUAAUAUCUUCUGGGUAAGAGCACCAGACAACAAUGGAAAUAAACUCAUCAUUUCUGAGUUCAAUGUUGCCGGUGGAGUUGUACCAGAUAGUGAAAAUAAAGGUUUUAUGGAAGUCAUGAUAUUUAUUAUGGUAGUACUUUUAUUCGCCUUUUAA